AUGCAGUCUCGUGCACAAAAAUAUUUGUUUAUCACAGUCUAACCUUAAAUAUUCCACAAUUAACUGGAAUUUCGUAUCAUUUCAUCAUCUCUCAUAUUAUCACUAUUACUAUGUGUAUACGGUGCAAACUCUAAGUACAAAAUGGUAAAGGUAGCAAAUUUGAAACUUGCUUUCGUCCAUCCGGAUUUGGGAAUCGGCGGCGCUGAACGACUGGUUGUGGAUGUUGCAGUUGCACUGAAAUCUCAAGGAGUACAAGUUCAAUUCCUAACAAAUCACUUUGACUCAUCGCAUGCUUUUGAUGAACUCAAAAAUGGACAACUGCCAGUGCAUGUCAUUGGCGAUUGGCUCCCAAGGCACAUAUUUGGAAUAUUCCAAGCAGUUUGUGCUUAUUUUAGAAUGUUAUACCUUUCUUUAGUGUAUUGUUUCUUCAUGAGGUUUGUGACCACAGACAAUCCAGAUGUUUACUUUGUGGAUCAAAUUCCAAUGGCUGUUCCUAUCCUCAAAUGGACUGGAAAAAGAGUGAUCUACUACUGUCAUCAUCCUGAUUUGUUGGCUAGUCCAGAAGGAGGUUCUUUAAGAAAAUUCUACAGAUAUCCACUAAACUGGUUAGAGGAAUAUGGAACAUCUAAAGCUGAUGUCAUCUUAGUCAACAGCAAGUAUACUAAAGAAAUAUUUCUAAAGACAUUCACUAAAAUUGCUAAAAACGAUCAAACUGGUCAAAACCUGCGCAUUCUGUAUCCUACAAUUGCGUCAUCGUUUUUGGAUGACAUACAAGUCGCCAAGAAGCGCCCCCUGCAUGAAAUCGCACCGGAAAUUGAAACUACCAAACCUGACGAUGUCGUUUUUCUGUCAAUCAACCGAUAUCACCCCGCUAAACAACUAGAACUCGCAAUUGAAGCCAUGGCAAAGUUACGCGAUAAACUUGCACCGGAAGAAUAUCACCGUGUUCAUCUCAUCAUGGCUGGUGGGUAUGAUCCGCAGUCGACCAUCAACGCCACCUACUUCCGAAAGUUGGUUAACCUCACGCACCAGCACGACUUGAUUGUCAAAGUUGUGUUCCUCAAGUCGCCGUCGGAUAAACUCAAAGCCGAGUUGUUGAAAACAGCGGAUGUGUUGAUCUAUACUCCGACUAAUGAACAUUUCGGCAUUGUGCCUUUGGAGGCGAUGGCUGCUAAGAAAGCUGUGAUUGCUUGUAAUAGUGGAGGACCUCGAGAAACGGUAGAUAGUCAAGUAACAGGUUAUUUAUGCGAACCGUCGGCGGACAAGAUGGCGGAGUGCAUGAAGAGGUGCCUCAAAAAGGAAGCUGUGAAGAAAAUGGGUGAGAAAGGUUGUCAAAGAUUGAAUCAGUUGUUUAGCUACGAGGUAUUCAAGAAGGAGUGCAUGCAGAUUGUUACGAAUUUAUACGAAGCUAAGUGAGGACGAGUGUUAUCCAGUUUUAGGUUUGGUAAGGUGCAUUUGUAAAGUUGCUAUUUUUAUAUCAUUAAAUGAAUAUUCCUGGUUUCCGUA